AUGGCAAUCCUCGAUGAACUCAAUGACAGAGAUGCCUGGGCGCUCUUUUUCGGUUAUGCGAGUAUCGCCUGUUGGUUCGUGGUGUUUACGCCACAAUUAUAUGAAAACUAUCGCCUCAAGAAUACGGAUGGUGUCUCUGUACAGUUCUUGCUAUUAUGGAUCUUUGGCGACAUUUUCAACUUGUUGGGCGUGAUCCUUGAGGAUCUAUUGGUCACCAUGCUACUUGUGGCAGCCUAUUACCUUUUGGCCGAUUGUUUAUUGAUGGGACAAGUUCUCUAUUAUCGACUCUUUUCUCAAGGAUAUUGUGACGAUGGCGCAUCUGUUACCAGCAACGAGACCACGCAUCUUCUUUCCGAGCAGAUCGAAAAUGUGGAUGAGGAAGCAUUCAAGGAACGUGCCGACAAGUUGUCUGAGCGUACGCAAAAGAUCGUUCGAGUAUUCGUCUUGUCAAGUGUGGUGUUCAUGGCAUUCACAUUGGGUGUUUCGGCUUGGUACUUUUUUGCUCCAUCUGACGAUCCUGUGGAUUUCAGCCAAUGGCAUGUUGUUGCUCAGCUCCUCGGUUAUGCAAGCGCUUUUCUCUAUUGUGCAUCUCGUAUUCCCCAAAUCAUGCAAAAUUUUCGAAAGGAGAGUGUUGAAGGUCUCAGCCUGUGGAUGUUUAUCUUUAGUGUCACGGGCAAUCUCACUUAUUGCAUUUCCAUCUUUGUCAAAUCCAUGGAUCGUACCUAUCUGUUGAUCAACUAUCCUUGGCUGCUGGGCAGUGGUGGUACUUUGUUCUUUGAUUUCACUAUCUUCUUCCAAUUCUACAUUUACAAGAUUGCAUCCAAAAAGUAA